AGCUGUUUUAUCUCGUUGAAUUCAUCGUCCUAGCUGCCCUAUCCGGGGCAGAACGCCACACUUUGCCAAGUUCGUUGUCUCUAUGGCCUGCGGCCCGGUCCUUUCUGAGAAGGCCUUGGCCCGUUUUCGCACCAAGCCCUGCGAGCGGCUGUUGGCCCAGGGCAGAUGCCAUUUUCAGGAGAAGUGCCAGUAUUCGCACCAGAGCUGGGUGCGCCGGAGCCCUUUGAAGGUGAACUACAAGCCACAGAUGUGUUGCGCGGUGGGCUGCGAGGAUCGCCAAUGCCCCUUUGCGCACACCCAAGAGGAAGUGCUAUAUCACCCGUUGAACUACAAGGUGUCGCUCUGCAAGGGCUGCAAGGCCUACUAUUGCCCCUUCGCGCAUGGCGCUGACUUGCGACAAGCUGCGGAGGUGAAGGCAAUUCUCGCCAAUUCGGAGGAGGAGGAGGAGGACGUUGACUUCCACCGCUUCGACGACCGCCUCCGGAUUUUGCGCGAGGACUGGGCCGGCGGGUCUUCCAGAGGUCUCCGCGGGGAGAUAUGGGAAAAAUCCGCAUGGCGGAGUUGCCUGGUGCGCACGAUCCACUACACCCGGGCCCAACGGAAGGAGGCGGAUCAGAUCAUGAGAGAGCUUCGCGUCUGGACGAAGCUGGCGCAGGCCAAGCCUUUGGCGAUGCGCCGCUCCGUGGCCUCGUUGUGUGUGGCCUGGCCCCAGGGCGGGGACCUCACCGUCGAGCGCGCCUGGGGCCCGCGCCGUGCGGCCGCACUGCUCUGGCAGCUCGCUGGGCAGCUGCGGAAGCUGCACACAGCAGGCAUAGCCCACUGCUGCCUUUGCCCGCGCAACAUCUUCCUGAAGGGCACGAAAUGCGAGUUCAAGCUCGGAGACUUCCUGCCCAAGCUUCGGCUCCUGUCCGCGCUGGGCGGCAAGGAGGAGGACUUAGAUCUUUGGCUGCCGGCGGAGGUCCACCAGAAGCUCGAGGAGGCAAGGAGGAAUCCGAAAGGCAAUGCGGACCAGGCGUUGGACUUCUUUGCAGUUGACCUAUGGCAGUUGGGCGCCAUCGGUCUCUGGGCGCUCACUGGCCAUGAGCCAAGACGUCGCGCUGAUGUCCAGAAACUUGUGAAGCUGGACGGCUCAGAGUUGACGCGCGUCAUCGCCGCGCUGCUCGAUGAUGUUCCCUCCAAGCGGCCCUGCGCAGCGGCGGUUCGGCGACGUCUCGGCGAAGACUCGAUCCUGGGGCAGGUUGACCUCCCAGAAGACCCGUCCAGAUCCGACCGCGAGGAGCCGAGCUUGGAGGA